UGRUCAAUCUUACUAGUAUUUUCUGUUCGUGAUUGCGUGACGUCAAAGCCAUGAGUUUCACCGUGAAAUAGGAUUGGCUCCUUUUGUGAACACUUGAUUGGCUUUCGUGGUUGCUGUUAUUGUUCGUUCAAGUAGUUUAUAUUCAUACCGUGAAGUUAGUAGACGGCAGUUGCUGUUAGCAACACUAGUAUGGUUAUUAUGGCGACUGUAGAACGUGCAGUCUUUCCUUAAAUUGUGUAAAAGUCAUUCUAGAAUAACACAUCGGAAAUAAUUCUAUACCAUGACGGUCAAAUUGGAAUUACAACAUCUUUUAGGACUAGCGAUAGGGACRCCUGAAGCAGGCGCAGUCAAUUUUAACAUUCUACAUGGAGUUGUGCGUGAAAUUUUAAAACAUUUAGCAAUAGACAACAAGGCCAUCGAAGUUGAAGAUGACGGAAACUUUCGUGCUGCSUGUGGCCUUGUUAAAACGAGUGUAGAUGGARUGACAAACGAAGAAAGUACUAAAGCCGAUGGUAUAUCCACAGAGAAGAAAGAUGGACAACCUAAUGCUGGUAGCUUACCGACUUYUAAACAUCUUCCAUCAGACAAGUUCGGAAAUUUCGAGAGUAAAUUAACAGAAAUGGAGAAGAAACUGUCCGCACUGGAAGAUCUACCUAGUAAUAGCGAGGUCCUUCAACGAGCUAAGAUGARGAAGGAAAACAGGACUCCUGUUGGGGAUAUCUGGCAGUUUAUAAACAUAAAUCGUCGUCUUGGUGCUACGGAGACUGGCAUCGAGAAGCUGAGUAGCCUAUUAGACAGCAUGAUGUCAGAAGUUAAUGAYAUCAAGGAACUAGCUGGAGGGAUUGACGACUUGAAAAAGAAAUUAGCUGAGCUUGAAAAAAGAAAUACUGCACUGGAGCAACGGAUAUCAUCAUUAGAAAGCGUGGAUAACUCUGAAGAUAAAAAGAAGUUAGAGGACCUCAUUGAUGAUUUGAAAAAGCUAAAAAGYAAGGUUGAUGAACUUCCAACAAAAGACGAUAUUGGCGACCUUGAYAUCUUUGUAAAAUGGCCUCAGUUGGAAGAAGCCUUGAAUGCAAGAACUAGAAGAACACCAACCCCUAAGCCACCUACCCCAACACCCACCCCUCCUCCAAGAUCACCAACCCCUAUACACCCUAGUGAAGAUGCUUUAGAGGCUUUGAGGCAAGUUGGUGAACUYAGGGAUAAGCAUGAGGAUAUGGCAGCUAAAGUGGUAGACCUUGAGGUCAAAAUGCCCACUAAAGCAAAUCUAGAUGAUUUGGAAGAUCUAAAAAAUCGUCCAGCUGUACCACCAGAUAUUGUGGACCAACUAAAGARAAUGAGAGAAGCUAUUGAUGCUAUUCAUAAGUGGAGAGAAGAGAAAACCAUCCCUACUGACCUUGAGGAGCAGCUGAGGUCACUACGUGAGGGUGUGGCAUUGCUUGAUAAUCACAAGAACCAGAUAAACCAAAUGAAUGAGAAACUGAAAGGAUUGAAAAGUUUAACUGACCUCAUGGCAGACCAUAAUGACAAGAUGCAGUUAAUCCCGGAUGAUUUGCUGGAACAAAUAAAUAAGCUCAAGUACCUGGAGAAAACUGUCAAUCAAAUGAAUGAUUCCUCUAAUCAGCUCCCGCAUAAACUCCAACGAAUGGAGGAUAGAUUCAAAGACGACUUUGAGAGAGAAAUGCGAACUCUCAGAGAAGGAAUAAGACUACUUAACAAUCAAUUUGACAAGCUAAAGAAGAUGAAUUCUUCAGCAUCCCCGGUUUCACCAAUAAAUGGAAAAUCACAGGGUGACGGAAAGAUCGAUUCACUUCGAAAUAUGUUACUGGAACUACAAGGAGAACAGGAAAAGUUGGACAGUUUGACAAAGGAACUUGUGGAAGAGCACAACAGAAAGCAGAAACACAUCGAUGCACUAUACGAGUAUGUAGAACGUUUACAAGAACACAAAGCCGAUAAGGAACAAGUUGCUAUGGAAAUCGAUGUCAAAGCAGAYAAGAAAGCAUUGGAUAACCUAAUAAGCAGGCUUAAAUUUGAUCAAAGUAUUGGUAAUUUGGAUCAAGCCAUACAGGACUUAUUGAAUCGACUGGAGGCAAAUGAAGCUGCUUUGACUGAUGCUCUGAAGCGAUUAUCGGAUGAUGUCGACAGGAAACUUGACCGAAUGGAAAUAGAUCCUUUACGGGAUUACUUCGAGAAAAAAAUCAAAAACAUGAAAUGUAAGCACGCAGACCUGCCGUUAAAUGAAGACCCAGCUGCUGGUUUCAGAAAGGCGUUGCUUCGCUUCCAUUGYAUUUCAUGCGACCGACCAGUAGACAUGGCACAAGGACCACCAAACCCUGCUCUUCCYCAGUCCCCAAGCCUACCAGUUCCUCGCACAGCCCGAGCUUACACUACAUUUGAACUUGAUCAAAUUCGUCAAAUGAACCGAGGGGGUUAUCCCUACGACCAAGACAUCAACAUGGCAACAGCGCGAUCAUGUGGAGGAAGCCAUACAGUAACAUUCCCACAUCGACGUACAGCACGUUUCAAUCAAUAUUACUACUACCGAGACGAAGAAAUAGUACCCGUACCCCAAUCUCAAAGGGAUGAAACRGAGUUAGUAGGACAUGAUGGCCAAAUCUACAAAGGAAGACACGACCAAGAAAAUCAGCAGAUGACGGAUAUGCCCCCGUCAYCGAGGCAGACGAAAUCGCGAGUAGCAUCCGCUAAAAGAACACCCAGUCCGCAGCCACCAACAACCGGAUCCCCAAGAAGGCCAAGAUCUGCAGUGCCCAGUUCACCACGGUCGAGAGGAGAAACUACAGAGGCACAGUUAUCAGAGAUUCCWGCGUCAUGACAGCUGGACUUUUCGUUUCAAAAUAGUUGUUUAGUCUCAAAAUCGUUCACUUAACGAAAUUCUGUAAAUGUUUGUGCGAUGAUUAUUUAUACAAGAGUGUAAAAACACGAUGAAAAAUUUCUCAGAAAAUAUUAGUUCAAUAGUAUCCAAUCGCGCGUACAAAUAUCGAUUCCKUGAGAAAAACCCACGUAAUAUAAAACAGUUUUGAUUUCUCUGUCAUUAGACCCUAGUGACGUAUUUUAAUGACGUAAAUCUCUUUGAUCAUUUUGAACGUUUUGACGUCAAUUUCAAAAUCAUUUCCGCGAGGUAAUUUAAUGAAUGCAAUAUACGAUAAAAGCAAUAUUUUUCCGCCUUAAUGUAAUUUUUUAACUAAAAGUGGUUGUUUUAAAACAAACAAGUAAAAUUGUAAAGUAAUUCCUUUAUCUUUGGUUUACAGAUACGAUCUUUUUUUUCUAAAAUGUUUUCAUGAUUUUACUUAAAACUAGAGUAGUAAUAUAUUGAAACAAUUGUAAAUUUAUUAAUGCAUUAAUGCACUGUUCUCUACSACCAAUGUUACUUUUUACGUGUUUUAUCAUGUUAGAAAAUACAGCCGAGAAUUCAAUAAAACAUUGUUUGUGGUUGA